GCAGCGUUGCCUUUGAGCGAGUGAUUUGGCCGCAGGCAGGGGUCUGAUGAUGGACAGCGGUGCCAGCGCCGCGUUGCGAGAGGAAGGAGAGUCGUGGCGUUGAGGCCGCUGUGGGAUCUGGCGGCGAAACCAUGCCCAGACCGCACAGCGACUGGCACAUCCCCGACCGAUAUGAGAUCAGACACCUCAUCGGGUUAGCCAUCCGACUCACCCUGCCAGUGACGGUCACUGACCGCCGUUGACGGACUUUUUGUGUUUUCUCUGUCUGUGUGUGUGUCUGUGUGUGUGUCAGGACCGGGUCGUACGGGCACGUGUGUGAGGCGUACGACCACACGGAGAAGCGUGUGGUGGCCAUUAAGAGGAUCCACAGGGUGUUCGAAGACCUCGUCGACUGCAAGAGGAUACUGCGCGAAAUCGCCAUCCUCACACGACUCUCGCAGGGUCAGUGGCUGGCCACACAGACAGACAGACAGACAGACAGACAGACAAGCAGACAGACACGAGCAAGGAGGACAUAGCACAGUGAUGGAGGGCGUGUCUGUGUCUGUGUGUGUGUGUGCGUCUGGGUGUGGUGUGUUGUGUGCAGACCACAUUGUCCGCGUGCUGGACAUCUGUGUGCCCAGGGAUCUGCAGAACUUCGACGUACGCACACGCACCAGCCGCACAGCACAGCACAGCCCAACACACACACUGUGUGUGUCUGUCCAUCUCAUCUGCCGUCUGGCCGCACCACACCACACUACAACAGGAGUUGUAUCUGGUGCUGGAGAUAGCGGACAGCGAUUUCAAGAAGCUGUUCAGGACGCCCGUCUUCCUGACUGAGCUGCACGUCAAGACGCUCCUCUACAACCUCCUCGUGGGCGUCAAACACAUACACUCCGCCGGCAUCUACCACAGAGACCUGGUGGGAGGGAUCGACGGAUGCCGUGACGUGAUGGCACUCCUCGAUGGCUCUGUGUGUGUGUGUGUCGCAGAAGCCCGCCAACUGCCUGGUCAACCAGGACUGCUCUGUAAAGAUCUGGUGAGUUCACGGCCGACGCUGGAGGAAGGGAGGGAGGGAGCGGCACAGAAGAGGCAACCUCGGCUUGAACGUCCCUGUCCCUCUCUGUGUGUGUGGUGCAGUGACUUUGGCCUCGCACGCACCGUUGAUCGUGUGCUGGACCCAAAGCUGCCAAACUCACCGAGGUCAGCACCCACACACAUAGAUAGAUAUUGCAGCCCGCACGUCCUCGAGCGUGUGCGUGUGUCCGUGUGUGUGUGUUUGAUGCAGGAAUGGCGACGGUGACAUGGUGGGUGUGGCCAACACCAAGAGCCUCAAGAGGCAGCUUACCGGACACGUUGUCACCAGGUAGUGGUGACUCUCACUCUCUCUCUCUCUCACACACACACACUCUCUCUCUCUCUCUGUGUGUGUGUGUAUGUGUGUGUGUGUGUGUGUGUGAAGGUGGUAUCGAGCACCCGAGCUGAUCUUGCUGCAGGAGAACUACACCGAGAAGAUCGACUGCUGGAGCGUCGGAUGCAUAUUCGCUGAACUCCUCAAUAUGAUGGUCAGCCACCCACACACCCACACAAAUGCUGCCCGCCGAUUCGUUCGGUCACUGUGGAUGUCUGCGUGCGAUGCGCUACGUGUCGAUCCAUCAGAAGGAGAAUGUGCCCUACCACUCCGACCGUGGCCCCCUCUUCCCAGGAUCGUCCUGCUUCCCCCUCUCACCUGAUCAGGUCAAGACGCAGUCAUUGUUUGCUUGGUCUAUGCAUUCCAUUCUGCUGUCUGUCUGUCUCUGUCUGCGUCUUUGUGUGCCAUUCGCUGUGUCUGCCACUCGCAGAAACACGCCACCGACUACAAGUAAACAAAGAGAACAGAGGGACGGAGGGACAGAGGGAGGGACGGUUGAUUGAAGCUCCGAUGUUUGCCUUCUUAUGUUGCGCGCUUCUCUCUCUCUCUCUGUGUGUGUGCAGGUUCCACACACGCGGCAACCGUGAUCAGCUCAACAUGAUCUUCAACAUCCUUGGCACGCCAUCAGAGGAAGACAUCGAGGCGCUCGAAAAGGACGACGCCAAACGGUCAGUCAGUCAGUCGGCGAACCUGCCGCCAGCCCGCCCGCCCGCAUCUCGUGUCACACGUGCACAUGUGCAGGUAUAUUCGCAUCUUCCACCAGCGUGACGGCAUCGACCUCCACUCACGCUUCCCGGGAGCCUCAGGUGGGCGAGGAAAGGAGAGACACACACACACACAGAGGGAGGGGUGGAUCGCUGCUUCGUUGGUUCGUGUGUUGGUGUGUCUGUGUGUGUGUAUUUAGCCGAGGCGGUGGACCUGCUGCAGCGGAUGUUGGUGUUCAACCCGGGCAAGCGAAUCUCCAUCGACGAGGCCCUCGCACACCCGCUCUUCAAAGACAUCCGGAAUGUCGCCAGCGAAGUAUGUUGGCCACACGCAGGCACACACAGCAAGACGCACCAGUGAGUCCACCCGUUGUAUGUGUGUGUCGUGUGUGUCUGAAGACGAUCGCCAAGGAGAGGAUUCAGCUGCCCUUUGACGACUGGCUGUCGCUCAACGAACAGCAGCUCAGGUGCUCACUGAACCAACUACACACACGCGGAGAGAGAGGGAAAGACCGUGUGUGUGCUGUGCUGUGCUGUGCUGUGCAGGAUAGCGUUCUUGCGCGAGGUGCUGCGGUACCACCCUCAGUGCGCACAGCUCAACGCCUUCCUCUCACAGAUGCCCCCGCACUGACUGACCCAACGACACAUUCAUUACACAGGGAUGGGGGCAAUCAUAUCAUGUGUGUAUCUAUGUCCGUGUGUGAGUGUGCAAAGGGCGCCCCCGCCACUGCGAAACCAACAGUGGGCGGGCGGCGUGCCCGCACCCACGCGCUCACCAGGCAGACAGACAGACGGGAUGGGGAGAGGGAAGGGCUGAUCGAAUUGGUCACUGAGCGAGCGAUCGAGUGAAUGUAUGGGUACAUGGACACACGCAGCAGCCAGGCAGGCACCCAACGAACACAACACAAUGCCAUGCCAUGUGUCAGUGUGUGUGUGUGUAUUUUUUUCUCGUCCUGUUCUCAAGAGAAGGGAUGGGGCGAGGCGAGACGAGUCCAUCGUCGUAGAGGGAAUCCAAUGCACAGACUGACAGCGCCGCGAAGGGCGCAGGAACGAUGACUUACACACACAUAACGCUGCCUGUUUGCCUGCCUGCCUGCCUGCCGGGUCACUUGGCUGGCUGAUGAUGAGAUGGGUGUGUGGAUGGAUGGAUGGAUCAACGAGCGAUUGCAUAAGAGUGUGUCUGUGUGUGUGUCUGAUGUGUAUGUGUAUGUGUGAGUGCGCGAGAUGCAUGGCUUUUUCAAGCCCAGACAGACAGCGAGGCAGCGUGCGUAAGUAUACGUAAGGCCUCAGAUGCGAUGCGAUGCGGUCAGUGAGAGUGCUGUGUGUCGUUGAGAGAGAGAGAAGGGCAGACAAAGGCGAGUGUAUUGUAUCUUACCCAUCUAUCUAUCUCUGGAGGCAGCCUUUAUCCAGCACAGACAGCCAGCUCGCGGCAUGGAUUUCUCAGUCGGUAAUUCAAUAUAUCAGUCGGUCGG